CGUCAUCUUAAACAACGCGUUAUUUAUUAAACGUAAAGUAGUAGGUAUUUCCCGUAGGUUUGUAUCAUGUAUCAUCAAGUUUCCCGGUAUCCGAAAGUUGCCACAAAUCAAAAGCUUGAAGAUGACGACAAUGUUCCUGUCGAAUAUAAUGGCAAACAAUAUUUGAUCCCUCGUUCGGAUUACAAACGACGAUUAACGACAGAGGAAAUAAACAAGGUCAAUCAAGGUUCACAGGAACAGUUGAAACAAUGUCCUGUCGUGAGUCCAUGGAAGGAAGAAUCGUAUGUUCAAAAGUCAACCAAUCGCUCAAAUCCUCAGCAGGGACCGACUCAUUCGGAAUAUCCGGAAUUAUUUCUUGACAAUCUUGAAAGGGAAUUCAGAAGAUCGAUGGAACUAUCUUCCAAAGCGAGGAUAUCAAGUUCAGCUUAUCAUAAGGAUUGCUACAACGAUAACGUGGCAAAAAGAAAUCCCUUACUAAAAGAACAAGAGAGCUCCCACAGCUGUUUGACAUGUCCUUCGAGCAAUCGUUUGGGGACCAAGAAAAAAUCUUCAUUGAAUACUAAUAACUGGCAGGAAAGUAGUACAGAAAAAGCAACCGGAAUGACAAUAAAUAACUCUACCGAAUCGAUCGAAACAGAAAAAUCGACGACCGAAGUCAAAGAUAAGUUGCAGGAACUGAAAUCCAAGGUCGCGAAUCUGAUCGAUGAAACCAUCAGUCAAAUAGAAUUCCAGGGCAGAUCUUCGAACAUUGAAAUGUUAGAGCAACCUUCCGCCAUUCAUCCGGAUGGUGAUGGAUUUCAACGGCAGGAUUUACCGAAUCGGAGCGAAAUCAACAUGACUCCCUCGAAGUUGCAGGAACAGGAACGGAGAAGAGCGAUGAGGCAACAGCUAUACAACGAAAUUGGUACCGUGCUUAAGCGUCUGCAAGAUAUUGAGUUAUUGUAAUUUUUCAU